UUACAAUAUUUCCUCUUGUCGACAGGGAAAAGACUGCAAGAAUGGAUCUGCGUCAUUUUAUGCUUUUCUCUUAUUUCUUUCAACUUCUAUAAUCUCCUCUUCUACUUGAGACUGGAGCAUAUGACCUCUGUUAUUGUUGGGAUAUUUGCUGGUGUUAUUACUGCUGACUUUCUAUCAGGCUUGGUGCACUGGGGAGCAGAUACCUGGGGAUCUGUGGAGCUUCCUAUAGUUGGAAAGGCUUUCAUCAGACCCUUUAGAGAACAUCACAUUGACCCCACAGCAAUUACGAGGCAUGACUUCAUAGAGACUAAUGGAGACAACUGUAUGAUGACACUAGUCCCGUUGACGAACAUGGCCUACAAAUUUGUUUCUCUUUCCCCAGAAGCACUGUACCAGUCCUGCCCUUGGGAGUGUUAUAUCUUUGCCCUGGUCAUCUUUAUAACCUUAACUAACCAGAUUCACAAAUGGUCUCACACCUACUUUGGUCUGCCUUGCUGGGUCAUCUUUCUGCAAGACUGGCAUGUCAUACUGCCACGAAAACACCACCGAAUCCACCAUGUGUCUCCCCAUGAGACUUAUUUCUGUAUUACCACUGGCUGGCUGAACUAUCCGUUGGAAAAGAUUGGCUUUUGGAGGUGCUUGGAGAACAUUAUCCAAGGAGUCACUGGAGAAAAGCCUAGAGCAGAUGACAUGCACUGGGCUCAGAAAAUGAAAUGACACUCUUGCCAGCCUUCUGCAGUCCUCAUCUUUGCCAAUUUUUUUUAGAAAAAGAAAAGCCAUCAGCCAAAUUCAAGACUUGCAAAGAAAUAACACUCUAAAGCACAAACUAAAAAGUGCUAACAAAGACUGCAAUUAAAAAAAACAUCACAAACUCAUCCUUAAAACAAUACUUGAAAAGCAAAUGGUUAUUUGUACUGAGCACCUUUUUUAUUUUAGCCAUGUCUGCUGAUUUAUCUUAGAAAAUAUUUCGUCAUUGUGUCUCAUAAAAGCUGUCAGGCAAGCCAGAGAAGAAUACUAUGCACUGUCACUUGCAGUUUAAUAUCGGUGGCUCAAUAAACGUGUUGUAUCAACAUUGUUUAACAUGUCAGAAGUAGCUUGUUGCCUAAGACCUAUCCGGGGAAUAGUGAAGGUACCUCAUCGCUGUGUUCUAGGUGGUUCCAUCCAAUAUGCUGCAUGAAAACAGUGUGGUGGAGUAAUGGAAGUCUAUAAAAACAAACAAAACUGUUUUGAUGCAUUUAGUGGCUGGUAAAUCUAGCAUUUCCAUCUUUGCAAUCACGUUCAAUUGUAUUGAUGUGGUGUGGAACAGACUCUUUGAAAAGCCCGUUUUGCCAGUGGGCAAAGGAUCCUUAAGUGUCUUCAGUUUCCUUUUAAAAAUAAAAUUGUUCUAACUUUU